GUGAAGGUUGGUGUCUCCACAUCACACAGAACAGUGCUUGUGUGCUCUGCCAACUAUGUGGAGCUGUUUGCUUCUCCGUUUCCUCCCUGUGAUUCUUCUGCUUUCUUCAGCAGGACCUGAGGAUGUAAGGCUGGUGAAGGGAGGCAGUCGCUGUGCUGGGACGGUGGAGGUGAAUCGUGAGGGACAGUGGGGGACGGUAGUUAAUUUUUACUGGGACAUAAAUGAUGCUGAGGUGGUGUGUAGAGAGCUGGACUGUGGCUCUGCUAUAUCAGCACCUCGCAGAGCUCACUUUGGAGAAGGUUCUGGACAAGAGCUUCUUACAGAAGUUGCCUGCAAUGGGACAGAGUCUACACUGUCCAUGUGUCAGUCUGAAAAUACAAAUCAAAUCAGAGCACUGGGUUUUAUUCCAGCUCCUCACAUAUAUGAUGCUGGAGUGAUUUGUUCAGGUCGUCAAAUGAUUCGACUAAUGGGUGGAGCUGAUCGCUGCUCUGGGAGAGUGGAGGUGAAAUUCAAUCAAUCCUGGGCUACACUGUGUGAUGUUGACUUUGACUGGCAGGAUGCUCAGGUGGUCUGUAGGGAGCUGGACUGUGGGGGUCCUUCAGCUUUUCACAGGGGGUCUCACUUUGGUCAAGGUGAAGGUCCCACCUGGUCUAAACACCUCCGGUGUGAAGGUCAUGAGUCCUUCCUUCAUGAGUGUCUCACCUCAGACAGACCAGAGCAGAUCAGCACACAUGGAGUACAACUGACUUGUAAAGAACCUGAUGAUGUGAGGCUGGUCGAUGGAAGCAGCUCUUGUUCUGGGAGAGUGCAGGUGUUUCGUUGGGGACAGUGGGGGACAGUUUAUCACCGUAACUGGGACAUGAACGAUGCUGCAGUCGUGUGUAGACAGCUGGACUGCGGUUCUGCUGUGUCGGUACCAAGUGGAGACCGUUUUGGAGAAGGUUCUGGAAAGAUGGUCCUGGGUGAUGUUUCCUGUAGUGGGACAGAAUCUGCACUGAGGGAGUGUGGGUCACUGGAUGGGAGGGAACACAACUUACCUCAUACAUUUGAUGCUGGAGUGAUCUGUUCAGAUUUUGUGAGACUUGUGGGUGGAGCUGAUCGCUGCUCUGGGAGAGUGGAGGUGAAGUUCAAUAACUCCUGGGCUACAGUGUGUGAUGCUGACUUUGACUGGCAGGAUGCUCAGGUGGUCUGUAAGGAGUUGGACUGUGGGGGUCCUUCAGCUUUACACAGGGGGUCUCACUUUGGUCGAGGUAAAGGUUCCAUCUGGUCUAAGAACUUCCAGUGUGAAGGUCAUGAGUCCUUCCUGCAUGAGUGUCUCACCUCAGACAGACCAGAGCAGAGCUGCACACAUGGAGUACAACUGACUUGUAAAGGACCUGAUGAUCUGAGACUGGUGAAUGGAAGCAGUCCUUGCUCUGGGACAGUGGAGGUGUACCGCUGGGGACAGUGGGGGACAGUAGCCCAGUAUAACUGGGACUUAAACGAUGCUGCAGUGGUGUGUCGACAGCUGGGCUGUGGCUCUCCUGUAGUAACACCAAUUAGAGCUCACUUUGGAGAAGGUUCUGGAAGGGUGCUGCUCAGAGAUGUUUCCUGCAAUGGGUCAGAGUCUGCACUCAGGGACUGUGGAGCAGUUGACUGCAGACAUGUGGACGUCCCACACAAGUUUGACGCUGGAGUUAUCUGCUCAGAUUUUGUGCAACUUGAGGGUGGAGUUGAUCGCUGUUCCGGGAGAGUGGAGGUGAAGUUCAAUCAGUCCUGGGCUACAGUGUGUGAUGCUGACUUUGACUGGCAGGAUGCUCAGGUGGUCUGUAGGGAGCUGGACUGUGGAAAUCCUUCAGCUCUACUCAAGGUGUCUCACUUUGGUCAAGCUUUCUGA